UUCAUUUGGGAUCAUGUUUAUGUGACCUUGGAUUUAAUUGUGGGUGCAAUGAAUUGUUGCAGAAUUUACAGAAGAUUUCUAUUGAGAAAGGAUGGGGUGCAUAUGCUCAAAGGACUUGAAUGCACCUGAUUAUUAUGUAUCAUCAGCUGAAAAUGAAAAGGAGAAACAAAAAGAUCACGAGUUUGGUAUUCCUAAAUCAUCUCUUGUGAAUUCAAAGUCUAACAUAACAACAACAUUGCAAUUGAAUAAUGAUGUGGCAGCGAGUAGAGCAAGUGUGGAUGAAAAUAGAAAAACGAGAAUAAUUGAAAGGCCUAAAUUAAAUGGGGGAAUUAAGCAGACAAUGAGUAGAGUUAAAGGCGGUAUGCUACCGGAUGGUGGUGCUGCUGCUGGAUGGCCAUCAUGGCUAGCUUCCGUCGCUGGGGAGGCUAUUCGCGGUUGGACUCCUAGGACUCCAGAUUCUUACGAAAAACUCAACAAAGUCAGUCCCCCGAUAAUUUGUUUUCCUUUGCUUUCUGCACUAUUAUUAUGUUUUUUUCUUAAGAAAAUUGGUUUAUGUUUGUCAUGUGUAUAUAUGCAGAUUGGGCAAGGCACUUACAGUAGUGUUUACAGGGCGCGUGACCUAACAACAGAUAAGAUUGUAGCAAUGAAAAAAGUAAGAUUCGUUAAUAUGGAUCCAGAGAGUGUUCGUUUCAUGGCAAGAGAGAUUUGCAUCCUUCGCAGGUUAGACCAUCCAAACGUAAUGAAGCUUGAAGCACUUGUGACAUCAAGGAUUUCAGGUAAUUUGUACCUUGUGUUCGAGUACAUGGAGCAUGAUCUUGCUGGCCUUCUUGCUUCACCCAGGGUCAAAUUUACCGAACCUCAGAUAAAAUGUUAUGCUCGGCAAAUGUUUUUGGGACUUGAACACUGCCACAGUCGUGGUGUUCUCCAUCGAGAUAUUAAGGGUUCGAAUCUUCUAGUUGACAAUAACGGAAUCCUUAAGAUUGGAGAUUUUGGUUUGGCUACAUCCUUUGAUGCUAACAACCGAAAGCAGCCGUUAACUAGUCAUGUUGUAACUCUGUGGUACAGAGCUCCUGAACUAUUGUUAGGUGAAACACAUUAUGGAGUAGCAGUCGAUAUGUGGAGCGCUGGUUGUAUUCUUGCUGAAUUGUUUGCAGGGAAGCCUAUCAUGCCUGGAACAACCGAGGUGGAGCAAAUGCACAAGAUAUUCAAACUAUGCGGUUCCCCUACAGAGGAAUACUGGAGAAAAACAAAAUUACCUCACACCGGUAGUUUUAAGUCGCAACGCGUGUACAAGCGCCGUGUUGCUGAUGCAUUCAAAGACUUCCCUUCAUCAGCUUUGAAUCUAGUACAAGUACUCCUCUCUAUUGAUCCUGAGCUCAGGGGUUCCGCUUCUUCUGCACUCAAAAGCCAGUUCUUCACAUCAGAUCCUCUUCCAUGUGCUCCAUCUAGCUUACCCAAGUAUCGUCCAAGUAAAGAAUUUGAUGUCAAGCUUCGAGAACAGGAAGCAAGACGGCAAGUAAUACAAGAAAAACAAAAGCCACUAUGGAAGCUGACAAGGUUUCUAUUUGCACAAUCUCUUGUCAUUUGUCCAAUAAUAAUGAUAAUAAUAAUAGUAGUAGUACUAGUAAUAAUAAUAAUAAUAAUAAUGGAACAGGGACAAUCAAAUAAUAAAAGCAACAUUGAAAAAUACAAGCCAGCGGAGGAGGAGAAUGGAGUUGAUGAUUCUAUAAUAAUAAUGCAGCACCCGAAGUCUGUAGGAAGAAAGCUGAUGGAUGAUGAUGAUGAUGAUGUUCAUUCAAUUCUAGUGCGGACAUUGAGCUCUUCCGGAAGUGGGGCUCAACAACUUAUGAAACAAGCUUCACAACUGCAUCAGAUAGUAAUAGAGCCAUCGUCGAAUUAUCAUUCCAACAACGAUCCAAAAGUUGUUAAGGAAUAUGCACCAAAGAGAAACAGGAUAUUUUGCUCAGGACCAUUAAUGCCUACAGGGGGUGCGGGGAACAUGGAAGACAUGCUAAAAGAGCACGAAAGACAAAUUCAACAAGUUGUCCGCAAAGCUCGUCUCCACAAGUCCAGGACCAAAGACUAGCUAGACUAACCCCAAAUUAUAUUCACUAUUUUCUUUUAGUUUACAUUUAUUUCAACAACUUGAGUCUCAAGCUGCAAAUACAAAUACUUCACUCAUGGAAAUUAAAUACUCUUU